AUGUAUAUUCUUAAUCUUAAUAGUGCUGAACCAGUUAAUGUGAAAGGUACUAAUAUAUACUUCCGUGGGUUUAAGAUACUUCAAUUGAUCCUCCAAUCAGUGAUGGAUAAAGGAAUGAGCAAUGCCAAGGAAGUUAUACUAACUGGAUGCUCAGCUGGUGGACUUGCAACUUAUAUUCACACAAACUAUGUCAAGUCACUUCUGUCUCCUACAGUUACAUUCCGUGCCAUUGCAGAUGCUGGAUACUUCAUUGAUGCUCCUGAUGUAAAUGGAGAAUGGUAUAUUAGGACAUUCUACAGUGAUGUAUUUAAUAUGCAGAAUUGCUCAGAUGGUGUUAAUCAAGACUGCAUUGCAGCAUAUAAAGGAACCAAUGAAACAUGGAAAUGCUUCAUGGCACAGGUUUGAAUAAAUUUGCUACUUAUUAAAAUGGCCAUAAAAA